AGCGGUGCUGGGCUGGCGCGGCUUGAGCCGCCGCCGCACUGACAGCUCGGUCUGCGGACUAUGGAGACCGGCACCUGUCCACACCCGCUGCGCCUGUUCCUCUGCCGGAUGCCGCUCUGUCUCGCGCUGCUUUUGGGACCCUGGCGGCCUGGGACAGCUGAGGAAGUCAUCCUCCUGGAUUCCAAAGCCUCCCAAGCUGAGCUGGGCUGGACUGCACUGCCGAGUAAUGGGUGGGAGGAGAUCAGCGGCGUGGAUGAACACGACCGUCCCAUCCGCACAUACCAAGUGUGUAAUGUGCUGGAGCCCAACCAGGACAACUGGCUGCAGACUGGCUGGAUCAGCCGUGGCCGCGGGCAGCGCAUCUUCGUGGAACUGCAGUUCACACUCCGUGACUGCAGCAGCAUCCCUGGCGCCGCGGGCACCUGCAAGGAGACCUUCAACGUCUACUACCUGGAAACUGAGGCCGACCUGGGCCGCGGGCGUCCCCGCCUAGGCGGCAGCCGGCCCCGCAAAAUCGACACGAUCGCGGCGGACGAGAGCUUCACGCAGGGCGACCUGGGUGAGCGCAAGAUGAAGCUGAACACAGAGGUGCGCGAGAUCGGACCGCUCAGCCGGCGGGGUUUCCACCUGGCCUUUCAGGACGUGGGCGCAUGCGUGGCGCUUGUCUCGGUGCGCGUCUACUACAAGCAGUGCCGUGCCACCGUACGGGGCCUGGCCACGUUCCCAGCCACCGCAGCCGAGAGCGCCUUCUCCACACUGGUGGAAGUGGCCGGAACGUGCGUGGCGCACUCGGAAGGGGAGCCUGGCAGCCCCCCACGCAUGCACUGCGGCGCUGACGGCGAGUGGCUGGUGCCUGUGGGCCGCUGCAGCUGCAGCGCGGGAUUCCAGGAGCGUGGUGACAUCUGCGAAGCCUGUCCCCCAGGGUUUUACAAGGUGUCCCCGCGGCGGCCCCUCUGCUCACCGUGCCCAGAGCACAGCCGGGCCCUGGAAAACGCCUCCACCUUCUGCGUGUGCCAGGACAGCUAUGCGCGCUCGCCCACCGACCCGCCCUCGGCUUCCUGCACCCGGCCGCCGUCGGCGCCGCGGGAUCUGCAGUACAGCCUGAGCCGCUCGCCGCUGGCUCUGCGACUGCGCUGGCUGCCGCCGGCCGACUCGGGAGGCCGCUCGGACGUCACCUACUCGCUGCUGUGCCUGCGCUGCGGCCGCGAGGGCCCGGCGGGCGCGUGCGAGCCGUGCGGGCCGCGCGUGGCCUUCGUACCGCGCCAGGCCGGGCUGCGGGAGCGAGCCGCCACGCUGCUGCACCUGCGGCCCGGCGCGCGCUACACCGUGCGCGUGGCCGCACUCAACGGCGUCUCGGGCCCGGCGGCCGCCGCGGGAACCACCUACGCGCAGGUCACCGUCUCCACCGGGCCCGGGGCGCCCUGGGAGGACGAUGAGAUCCGCAGGGACCGAGUGGAACCCCAGAGCGUGUCCCUGUCGUGGCGGGAGCCCAUCCCUGCUGGAGCCCCUGGGGCCAAUGACACCGAGUAUGAGAUCCGAUACUACGAGAAGGGUCAGAGGGAGCAGACUUACUCCAUGGUGAAGACAGGGGUGCCCACAGUCACCGUCACCAACCUGAAGCCGGCUACCCGCUACGUCUUUCAGAUCCGGGCCGCUUCCCCGGGGCCAUCCUGGGAGGCCCAGAGCUUUAACCCCAGCAUUGAAGUGCAGACCCUGGGGGAGGCUGCCUCAGGGUCCAGGGACCAGAGCCCCGCUGUUGUCGUCACCGUAGUGACCAUCUCGGCCCUCCUCGUCCUGGGCUCCGUGAUGAGUGUGCUGGCCAUUUGGAGGAGGCCCUGCAGCUAUGGCAAAGGAGGAGGGGAUGCCCGUGAUGAAGAGGAGCUGUAUUUCCACUUCAAAGUCCCAACACGUCGCACGUUCCUGGACCCCCAGAGCUGUGGGGACCCGCUGCAGGCUGUACAUCUGUUCGCCAAGGAACUGGAUGCGAAAAGCGUCACGCUGGAGAGGAGCCUUGGAGCAGGGCGGUUUGGGGAGCUGUGCUGUGGCUGCUUGCAGCUCCCCGGUCGCCAGGAGCUGCCCGUAGCCGUGCACACGCUGAGGGACAGCGCCUCCGACUCACAGAGGCUCGGCUUCCUGGCCGAGGCCCUUACACUGGGCCAGUUUGACCAUAGCCACAUCGUGCGGCUGGAGGGCGUUGUUACCCGAGGAAGCACCUUGAUGAUUGUCACCGAGUACAUGAGCCAUGGGGCCCUGGACGGCUUCCUCAGGCGGCACGAGGGGCAGCUGGUGGCUGGGCAACUGAUGGGGUUGCUGCCUGGGCUGGCAUCAGCCAUGAAGUAUCUGUCAGAGAUGGGCUAUGUUCACCGGGGCCUGGCAGCUCGCCGUGUGCUGGUCAGCAGCGACCUUGUCUGCAAGAUCUCUGGCUUCAGGCGGGGCCCCCGGGACCGAUCAGAGGCUGUCUACACCACUAUGAGUGGCCGGAGCCCGGCGCUAUGGGCCGCCCCCGAGACGCUUCAGUUUGGCCACUUCAGCUCUGCCAGUGACGUGUGGAGCUUCGGCAUCAUCAUGUGGGAGGUGAUGGCCUUUGGGGAGCGGCCUUACUGGGACAUGUCUGGCCAAGACGUGAUCAAGGCUGUGGAGGAUGGCUUCCGGCUGCCACCCCCCAGGAACUGUCCUAACCCUCUGCACCGACUAAUGCUUGACUGCUGGCAAAAGGACCCAGGUGAGCGGCCCAGGUUCUCCCAGAUCCACAGCAUCCUGAGCAAGAUGGUGCAGGACCCAGAGCCCCCCAAGUGUGCCCCAACUACCUGUCCCAGGCCUCCCACCCCGCUAGCGGACCGUGCCUUCUCCACCUUCCCCUCCUUUGGCUCUGUGGGCGCGUGGCUGGAGGCCCUGGACCUGUGCCGCUACAAGGACAGCUUCACGGCUGCUGGCUAUGGGAGCCUGGAGGCCGUGGCCGAGAUGACCGCUCAGGACCUGGUGAGCCUAGGCAUCUCUUCGGCUGAACAUCGAGAGGCCCUCCUCAGUGGGAUCAGCGCCCUGCAGGCACGAGUGCUCCAGCUGCAGGGCCAGGGGGUGCAGGAUAAUAAAAACUUGUCUGUGAUAUGGUGCCUCUUUGAGUGGCAGUUGCUUGAUGAUUGUAUAGCUGAUGUGGAAGGAUUUCUGCCCCCUUCCUCGAGGACAGGGGUGUCCAGAAUGUGUGUCUGAGAUCUCUCUGCAUAGAGCUCUGGAGGCUGGAAGCCAAGAUCAAGAUGUGCGCAAGGUUGUUUCCUGCUGAGAGCUGUGAGGGAAGCUUCUGCUCUGGGCCUCUCUCCCCGGCUUGCCCGUGGCCAUCUUCCCACUCUGUCUCUUCGAAUCAUCUUCCCUCUGUAAGUCCAAAUUUUCCCUUUUUAUGGAUGCCAGUCAUAUUGAACCGGUCCCUACCAGCCCACCCCUAACAUCCUCAUUUUAACUUAAUCACCCCUUUAAAGGGCCUGUCUCCAAAUACAGUCACCUUCUGAGUUACUGGGAGUUAGGACUUCAACAUAGAGGCCUGGUGGGGGGCACAAUUCAACCCAUAACAGUGACCUUUGUUGUCAGGGCAGAAACCAGAUGAGAGGAUUGGGGAGUGGAGUUUGGGAAUCUUUGAGGAGUCCAGCAAAAGGAGGAAGAGUGGGCUGAGACAAUGACCAGGACAGGCUGCGGGUGUGGGCCAAAGGGUGCAGGGGCAAGGCCUGAGUGCCCAUGCAUGUGAACACAUGUGUACUCAUGGACACACGUGCACGCACACACUUGGACCACGAGUCCUUGCAUGUCUCAGUUGGCUUGCGAGUGCUUCUCCUCUCCCUGGCUCGGGCCAUUCAUGUUCUUUAGGCUGCGGAAGGCGUCUUCCUCCUCUGCAUAGUUCAGGACAUGGGAAGUGCUUAGGGCAAGGGGUAGGAUAGCGGGAAUGGUGAUAAAUAACACCCCUUCCCCCACUGCCUGUGCUCAGAGCCAGUUAAGUACUAAUUCCCCGGGACAGGUGGAGAGCAAAAUAUCAGCUCUUUGAUAAGGCUAACUGGAGAAUGUUGCUUACCAAGUUUCUUUGAAUCUAAGAUGCCAUUGAGUGUAAGAUGUCCUACCAAGAAAGAAACAUCGCAGCCAACUAUGGUGUGCCAUCCAACUGAAAGAGGCAUCCCAGUUUCAGAGAUGUUAACAUGUACGUCUUCAAUAAAUGAGAUGCUGUGCAUCA